CAAGUCACGAACGCACAUGUUUGUUCCAACGUUACGACGAGCGAUAAAAAUGAAUACCACAUGUUCGCCCUUCUCCAGGGCAGUCAUAUCUGCCAUGCGCAAGCUCUAUCCAGAGCAUCUUGCGGACAAAAGUUGGGAUAAUACAGGCUUACUCCUUGAGGCACCAUUCAAUCCCCAGCGCAGACAAAAGAACUCGGUGCUCCUCGCGGUUGACCUCACCAAAGCCGUCGUCGAUGAGGCUAUCGAGCGAAAAGACUCGAUCAUUGUCGCAUACCAUCCCAUUAUAUUCAGAGGCUUAAAAGCUAUCACUUUGAAUGAUAGCCAACAAACAUCAUUACUUCGAUUGGCUGCAGAAGGAAUCAGUGUAUACAGUCCUCAUACGGCAUUUGACGCUGCACCGGGUGGUCUAGGUGACUGGCUCGCAGAUAUCAUCACCGGUACGGCUCGAGGCGGACCAAAUGAUGAGGAGCCAAGCGAGGUCAAGGACGAGACGGCAGAAACAGAAGAAUCAGAUCCAUUCGUGGACGGAAAACGUCCCACGUACAUGCUACAGCACCAUCCUUCACAACGCAAAAUCAAAGACGCGGAUCUGAGUCUAGGCGCCGCUGCUCAUACUCGAAGUGUCAUUAAGCCAAGCAAUCUACCGGACAUCCCGGACGCAGGAAUGGGACGCAUUGUACGAUUCAAUCAACCUCAACAGCUCAGCACAAUCAUACAUCGCAUAGCAAGAGGAGUAGGCAAUCCAAAGGGCUUUCCUAUUGCCAUACCUCAAGGGAAAAGCGUCAAAGAUAUCACAAUUCGAAGUGCUGCUAUCUGUGCUGGAAGUGGCGGUUCUCUCUUCUCUGGAUUAGAUGACAUUGACCUGCUCUUUACUGGCGAACUUGCCCACCACGAUGCCCUCGCCGCAAUCGAGAGAGGCCAGUGCGUCAUAACAUUGUUCCAUUCCAAUACGGAACGAGGAUUCCUUCACACCGUGUUGAGGAAUCAGUUGAUGAACAAAGUGAAGGAAGAGUGGACAGCAGUAAGAAGAGAAGGCAAAGAGAUGCUGCAUACGCCCAAGGAAUUCAUGGAUAUUCUGGACGAUGAAUCGGUUUCGAUUGAGACAAGCGAAAGGGACAGAGAUCCAUACGGUCUUAUUAUUGCAACAGAGUAGGCACUGCUCCGGAUUCAGAUUUUCUAACGCCCAGUCCUACAGAAGUUCAAGCGACGAAGUUUUCCUAAGCGCUACUUACCUCCAGACGUUGACAGAGGCUGGAAAGAAUAAAGGUUUAGUCCAAAUAUGGUUUUCUUGUUGUGAAAUUUGAAAUGGUCCCAAAUGAAGCGUACCACUUCUACGUACGACCGCUAUAUUGUAUUGAACGCGGCCAAGCGUCUAGCUCGCAAAGCUUCUAUAUUAGCAGGUCUGGCACCGUCUUCGCCUUUCUUCCUC